CGUCGCUCCGUUUCCGCUCCCGUUACUUAGCAACGACGAACGCUCGUUAGCCGCUAGCCGCUCGGUUAGCACCGGAGCUGACCCGGGUUGAAGUCAUGGAGGACCUGGACCAGCUGCUCGACGAGCUGGAGCAAAAGUUCUGUAGCAACGUUUCUGUCGUGUCGUCAGCGCGCGUGGGCUCGAGCGGGGCUGGGAGAUGCGGGAGAGACCCGCAAACACGCAGUGCCACGAAACAUAAAGCGCCGGUCAGCAGCGUCACUGAGGAUGUCGACGCCUUUCUGGAGGAAUUACUGGAGGAAGACUGCAGCAAAUCCCCUCAGCUGAAGACGGAACAGUGUCCUAAAGGAACACGAGCGGAGAAGAAGCCGUCGUCUCAGUCAGGAGGGAGAAAGUGCUGUCCUGUUUUCGUCGGCGGGAGCUCCGUCACAAACGGUGUUGGAACAGUCACAUCCAAGAGGUCAUGUGACCAGUUGAGAUGUACGUCCUGUGACUUCCGGGUGCUGAUGUUCGACGACUGUGAGUGGGACUUGUCCUGCGAUUACCUGUUCUUCAGGAACAACAUGCCGGACCGUCAGAAGCUCAGAGCCAAGCUGAAGAAGAGGAGAGGUUUACGGGCGUACGCCUGCCAGUGCAGCUGGUUCUCCACGUUAGAGCCGACAGACCUCAGGGACCGACCUCAGCUCAGAUGGGUCUGUGGCAAACACCAGGACUGAAACAGAGACAUCACGGACAGAGAAACUUCAGCUACGUCUCUCUGAUUUCUGAUACUUGACUUUAACACCCUCGCAGGAGACAACAGAAAGACAAGACAUCCAACCUCAGACAGAAAAAUCUGCAGUGAACUGGUUCUUUGAGUAGAAAACUCAGUGCUUACACUUCAGAUUGAUCUUUUUAGCCUCACAAAGACCGUGAAAUGUAACUCCUCUACCAAACAUCAGGAUAUCUGUGUCACUGAGGAAUCAUAAAAAUAGCUCAGAGAAAGGCGGAAUGAUAUUUCUAUGAUGUGGACUCAAACUCGCUGUUUGAUGAAUCUUAAUCCUGCUGUAAACCACGACGAUUCACUCUUUAAACUCUGUUUUUGGUCUCCACCAACUCCUGAGAAAAUAUCUGGUUCUUAAGCUGAUAAAAAAAGAAACACCUUG